UGGGUCAUUGUUUUCAAGAAUUUAAAAAGAUAGUUACUUGCAUACAGCUAUUAUAGCUGUUUACAUAUGGCGAGUUAAACACGGAUGAUGUGGAAAGCGUGCUCUGUAUAAUUAUUUAUUUAUUCGUUGAAAAAUCUAGUUUACAAUCAUGUAGUUCGAAUCGAAAUAUCAGAAAAGACUAAAACCAUGGCUGCGUCCUUUCGCCCGGAACUUUUGUUUCUUCCUCCUACUUUCCUCCCGGACACCUGAACGCGGGUACACGGGCUACUUCCGGUGCUUGUUUGGCCAUGGUUUGAAAAUGAGAUUUCUUGUGUAACGUUUGUUUUUAACGCUCAAAUGGCGGGAUUGUUACACGAAGAACCUCUGGGAGGUAGAGGGACAGUCUUAUAGAGAGCACUAAAGGAUUUAUUCAUCUGUGUUGUCGCUGUACUAUGUUUAAAAAGAUGACUGAAUUUGGUCCAGAUUCCGGGGGUCGCGUAAAGGGAGUGACUAUUGUGAAGCCUAUUGUGUUUGGAAAUGUUGCCCGCUACUUUGGGAAGAAGAGAGAGGAGGAUGGACACACUCAUCAGUGGUCUGUCUACGUGAAGCCUUACAGAAAUGAGGACAUGUCAGCUUAUGUGAAGAAGAUCCAGUUCAAGCUACAUGAGAGCUAUGGUAACCCACUGAGAGUGGUUACGAAGCCUCCAUAUGAGAUCACAGAGACUGGCUGGGGAGAGUUUGAGAUCAUCAUCAAGAUCUUCUUCAUCGAUCCCAACGAGAGACCUGUGACUCUGUACCACCUGUUGAAGCUGUUCCAGUCUGAUUCCAGCGCCAUGCCCAAGAAGACCGUUGUCUCUGAAUUCUAUGAUGAAAUGAUCUUUCAGGAUCCCACAGCAAUGAUGCAGCAGCUACUGACCACAUCAAGACAACUCACUCUCGGAGCAUACAAGCAUGAGACAGAGUUCGGUGAGUUGGAGCAAAGGACCAAGGAGAAAAUGGAAGCUGCAAGGAAGAGAACCAGCCAGGAGAUCACUGAGCUGAAAGACAAAUUAAAAGCCAGCAGAGAAAACAUCAACCACCUGAAGUCUGAGAUCAGGAAACUGGAGGAGGAUGGAGACCAUAAAGAACACUGAGACAUCUCUGUGAUCCUGCGCUCAUCUCUCAUCCAAAAACAAUAUUUGCAUUUAAUUUUUGUUUCACUGUUGCAUACCCACAGUUUGUUUACAUGUGCAAGAUUAAGUCAAGGGAAAUACAUUUUUCAUUAUAGUCUUGAACAAGGUGGAGUAGCUUUGUAGUCCAGAAUGUUAUUAUUGGUUCUUCACUUAUGUUAUUUUGGACAUUGUGCCCAAAAAUUGCUGAAUCAGAUGGCUGUGAAGUAGACCAAAAAUAUUUUUUCUUUUAAUUGGCUGUGCAACCAGACUCCAACUUUAACUUUUAAUAUAUGGUUAUCUAAGGAUUACCCUUAUUGGAAGAAACUGUGUAGUAGUGACAUCUCUCUUAUAACACUUUUCUGUCUUUCCUUUUUUUUUUAAACCGAUGAUCUGUUUUUAUAUAAAGUUAAUGUGUUUACAGCA